AAUUUUCUUUUCUCCAACUUGCUCCGUCCCAGCCAUUCGAGCUCGGGCACACGUUCUUGUCAGCGAUAAGUAACGCCAGCGAAGAAGAUCGCUCCUUGCUGAUUCCGCAUCUCGAUCCGCCUCAAGGGUCGCCGUCACUUCGGCUCCUGGCAGUCCAGCUAGCUCUUGGCUCGCCUCCAGGAAGCCGGAGGACAGCUUCUUGUUCCUGUCCCCGACCCCGUACUUCCUUCUUUGGCCCCCGGUUCACCUUUUCUUGCAUUGGAUUCGUGGGGCUGCUGCUCGCAGGUGCUCGGCUCGGAUCGAUCACUCUACCCGCGCGCGCGCGGCAAUGGGGGAGGCGGGGGGCCGGGUGCGGGGGUUCCUGCGGAACCGGUGGCUGGUGUUCGUGGCGGCGAUGUGGAUGCAGUCGGUCGCCGGCGUCGGGUACCUGUUCGGCAGCCUGUCGCCGGUCAUCAAGUCCUCGCUGGGCUACAACCAGCGCCAGGUCGCCAGCCUCGGCGUCGCCAAGGACCUCGGCGACAGCGUCGGCUUCCUCGCCGGCACGCUCUGCGCCGUGCUCCCGCUCUGGGCCGCGCUCCUCAUCGGCGCCGCGCAGAACCUCCUCGGAUACGGAUGGGUCUGGCUCGCCGUCACACGACGCGUCGCCGUGCCGCCGCUCUGGGCGAUGUGCAUUCUAAUUUUUAUCGGAAAUAAUGGUGAGACAUACUUCAAUACUGCUGCACUCGUCUCAUGUGUUCAAAACUUCCCCAAGAACCGUGGACCAAUUGUUGGUAUCCUCAAGGGAUUUGCUGGUCUGAGUGGUGCAAUCAUAACACAGAUUUAUGCAAUAAUGCACACGCCUGAUGACGCUGCACUGAUAUUCAUGGUUGCUGUUGGGCCAGCAAUGGUAGUUGUCGCUUUAAUGUUCGUUGUUAGACCAGUUGGGGGUCACAGACAAGUACGGCCGUCUGAUGGUAUAAGUUUCACGUUUGUAUAUAGCGUGUGCUUAGUUUUGGCAGCUUAUCUGAUGGGUGUGAUGCUGCUUGAAGACCUUGUUGGCUUGAGCGAAACAGUUAUGGUUGUGUGUACCAUCAUUCUGAUAGCCCUGUUGCUACUUCCAAUAGUCAUCCCUGUGAUACUCAGCUUCUUUUCAAAUGAUGACGAGAGUGCCUAUGCAGCACUGUUAUCAUCACCACGAAGAGAAGAAGCAAGUGGUUCAGUACCGUCCGAAGAGCAAAAUGAAGUUAUACUCAGUGAGGUGGAGGAUGUAAAACCAAAAGAUGUUGAUCUACUUCCAGCCUCGGAGAGGCAGAAGAGGAUUGCUGAGUUGCAGACUAGGCUAUUCCAGGCAGCUGCCGUUGGCGCUGUCAGGGUUAAAAGGAGGAGAGGUCCACGACGAGGAGAGGAUUUCACGUUGCUGCAGGCGAUGAUCAAGGCAGAUUUUUGGCUUCUAUUUUUUUCCCUUCUGUUGGGGUCAGGAUCAGGUCUUACUGUGAUCGAUAAUCUUGGCCAAAUGAGCCAGUCACUGGGUUUCGAGGAAAGCCACAUUUUCGUGUCAAUGAUUAGCAUCUGGAACUUCCUUGGACGUGUUGCUGGGGGCUACUUAUCAGAGAUUAUUGUCAAGGAUUACGCAUAUCCAAGGGCAAUUGCCUUAGCGACAGCUCAAGUAUUCAUGGCAAUUGGACACUUCACCUUCGCAAUGGCUUGGCCUGGCACAAUGUACAUCGGCACAUUGCUCAUCGGGCUCGGGUAUGGCGCCCACUGGGCCAUCGUGCCAGCUGCUGCCUCCGAACUCUUUGGCGUGAAGAAUUUCGGAGCAUUGUACAACUUCCUUACCGUCGCAAACCCUGCAGGGUCCCUGGUUUUCUCGGGUAUCAUUGCCAGCGGCAUCUAUGAUUACGAAGCCAAGAAGCAAGCUAGCCAGCACCUGAACUCAAUGGUGGUGACAAUGCCCGGCAGAUUACUUGGAAUGGUCUCAGACGCCACUCCUGCGCUGAAGUGUGAGGGGGCCAUCUGCUUUUUUAUCUCGUCUCUGAUCAUGUCAGGGUUCUGCGUCAUCGCUGUUAUCCUGAGCUUGAUCCUGGUCCACCGGACGAAGAUUGUGUACACCAAUCUGUAUGGUACACCUCGUUGAGGAGCAAAUCAAAGUUAUGGGUAUCGAAGCAUAAGGAUGAAGUUUUUUUUUGCGUCGUCCUCCUGCUCACGAGCUACACAUAAUUUUAUGGGUCACGACCACGUCUCCUAGUGGCUACAGACUGAAAGUUCAGUAUGACAGUAUCAUGAAGCAUCGAAGUGUACGGUGUUUUUGUGUGUUCAGUCUGAACUUCUUCAGUUAUUUCUUUGGGUGAGGGGGGAAUAAAAUUCUUCAUUGUUUCUAUUUUGGGGGUGAGAUGAACUUCAGUGUUCCGCUGGAACUUUGCAUAUACAUGUGGUCUAUUGUAUGUUUCAUCACGGCUGUUGAAAACUUGAAAUAAAAUAAAUUAACGGAGCUCUGCAAA